CAAAUUCCUUGAAGAAACCAUUUCGAUAUGGACGAAAGGCAACUAGCACACAUUGCAUUAGCCUAAUUUAAUAAAACGGAAUUUCCAGCUUCUCAAUCGAUCGAGCCACGUGACAGCUCGUUUUCGCCAAACAAGCACAUCACUCUUGCAAAUCAGGUGUAUGCGCUGCGUCAACCGUCUGGGGUUUAGCCUUGGGCGGCUAUUGCUCGACUUUUAGUAGCCUUAUAUCAGAACAUGGCUCGGUUUGUAGUUGAGGUGUUUUUUGUCCUUGUUUUCUCCGCCACCAAUGCGGCGCAGGAGGAGGUCAUUGAUGUGAUUCUAGCCAGCCUCGCCAAAAGCGCAUCGUUCCUGGAGCAAGAGCACGGUAACAUCAACCUAGACGGAGUGGUCGGGUACAUCAUCCUGCAGGCGGAGUUGAAGGAAGCAGUGAGGACUUGGCCCCACACUGACCCUCUGAGCUGGUCUCAGCGCACCGCUACGGUAACCCUGGUCAGGAGGUUGGACCAGAGCCUGGCUAAGGCUGUCACCGAGCUGGAGAAGACUGACCCCAAAUACUACAGAGAGUUUGAGCCUCUGUUGAGCUGGACCUUCUGGUCAGUACCUCAUGAGUGGAGCUCCACAGAUCCCUCUCUGGCCUACUCCUCCGGUCGAACCAUGGAGUGUUACGAUGAGACGCAGAGCGACAAGUGUAUGACCCUGCUACUGGGAACAUGGAAGAACAACGGGACUCCUUGCAUCGUGACCAAGUCAUGUCGUGACACAAUGACGAGGUUUGGAUGUCCUAACUACUCCCUCUCUCACCAGCUGCUCUACUUCAUGCUGGGAGCCAAUAGAGGUUGUUCUGCCAUGUUGAAGGGGGACAUGCGUACGUCGCGUGCUAACCUAACAGAGAGACAGUACCAGGGGAUAUUCUGCUCCAACAUGCUGAAGGGAAACAUGGACAUUAUACAGAACAACUUCACCGGGGAGACCCAGGACAUCUUCAUCGAAAACAUACUGCUGUGUGGAUUGGCUGGUUUCUCUGACUUUCUCAAAGUUGAUUGGCUGCAGCACAUUCUGAGACUGCAGGAUCAGGAAGUGGGAUGUUUUACACAGCCUCACAGAAGAGUGAAGAGGAGAGAGAGAAUGUUGAAGGAUGGUUGUUCCAGUCACAUGACAGGCGUGUCAGUGAGCGCUCUGGGAGGAUACCUCAACUACUACCUGACAGAGCAGGACAUCACCAAGAGACCACUCACCUGAAUGUCAACCACCCUUCACCUGGCUGUGUGACCCUUCACCUGGCUGUGUGACCCUUCACCUGGCUGUGUGACCCUUCACCUGGAUGUGUGACCCUUCACCUGGCUGUGUGACCCUUCACCUGGCUGUGUGACCCUUCACCUGGCUGUGUGACCCUUCACCUGGCUGUGUGACCCUUCACCUGGAUGUGUGAC